AUGAGAUUAAUAUGUAAAUAGAAAGUGAGGUAGCAGUGAGCUCCUCCAAGUAGUAUAUCCCAACCCCCAGACCUCUGCAGUUAGAAUCUCAUCCCCUAAUAUUUCCAAAAAAAUUCCAGCAUUUAGAUCCCUUUAAACUUGUCGCAAUGAACUAUUGAGAAUUUUACAACUACAUUCUACUGCCAUUACUGUGAUUUCUACUUGUCUCAAAUCCUCAUUUUGCCCACGCGAUGCAGUUUCAAAUUGAGCUCAGCUUUAAUUUGGCCUAAGUAUAGUUUGGAUGCGAGUUAAUUUAGAAUAUGAUUGAGCAGUUCAUCAAUUUUGUUAUUCGUCCCCCGAGGGCAGAUUACAAUCCAGAACAGUUUUUAUGGGAGAAAGAGUUUAGUGUUGGGGGAAGAAAGUACAAAAGAGAAGACUUUGAGCUUAAGAAUGAAAGAGGGCAUACCUUGCAAUGCAGUCAUUAUACUCCAUCAUCAUUUCCUGAUGGUGCUCCUCUUCCUUGUGUUAUAUACUGCCAUGGAAACAGCGGCUGUAGGGCUGAUGCGAAUGAGGCAGCUGUAAUACUUCUUUCAUCAAACAUCACUGUUUUAACCCUUGACUUUUCUGGUUCGGGCUUGUCAGAUGGUGAUUAUGUUAGUCUUGGUUGGCAUGAGAAAGAUGACCUCAAGGUAGUUGUGUCACAUCUGAGAAGCAACCUGAAAGUAUCACGCAUAGGUCUAUGGGGGCGGUCAAUGGGUGCAGUUACAAGCCUUCUAUAUGGAGCGGAAGAUCCUUCUAUUGCUGGAAUGGUCUUGGAUAGUGCUUUCUCUAACUUAUUUGAUCUAAUGAUGGAGCUUGUAGAUGUCUACAAAAUCAGGCUUCCUAAAUUCACUGUAAAGGUUGCUGUGCAGUAUAUGCGACGCGUCAUUCAGAAGAAGGCCAAGUUUGAUAUCAUGAGCCUUAAUUGCUUACAGGUGGCUCCUAAAACUUAUAUUCCUGCUCUCUUUGGACAUGCUAAGGAUGAUAAGUUCAUUCAACCCCACCACUCUGAUCUCAUAUAUAAGUCAUAUGCGGGUGAUAAAAAUAUUAUCAAGUUUGAUGGUGACCACAAUUCCUCCCGGCCACAAUUUUAUUAUGAUUCUGUGUCCAUAUUCUUCUAUAAUGUCCUACACCCUCCCCGGCUUUCACCAACUUCAACUAAAAUAGAGAAAUAUUACGAUCUAGGCGACAUCAAGGUCGGUGCUGGAAUGGAUGAGAAUCUCUUAUAUGAGAUAAUUGCAAGUCUUAGGAAUGUUACUUCUGAUACAGCAAGCUCUUCAUCUGUGCCGCCUAGCAUUUCAACAGCAAAGUCUGCUGCCGAACUUCUUUCUGACAUUGCCCCAGUCGCCAGUCUAAUUAAUCCAUUAACUAAUAAAGGAGAAGAACUCAUUGGUCAUGACACUCCACAAACAGAGGACAAGCAAAGUGGCCAAGAUGAGGACUGUUGCUCUUACACAAGCUCAAACAGAGAGAGUUGGGGAAGGUGCUCAUCUCUGGGAAGUGAUGCUGAGAUUUCUACAGAUUUUGUAGAUGCCAUCGGUGGCAGUCAGAUUACGGCCGAUGUGCUUGCGACCCCUCUUUGUGAUAGGCAGCAUACUGCACUGGACUCAUCAAAGGACGAUGAAAAAAAGAAAGCUCCACAAGUUACAAAGAAAUCCAAGCGUGAGAAGUUUGAAAAGUUGGAGGCGCUUAGCCAGCGAUUACGGCUUUGCUUUAUGAAGAGAUAGGAGAUACAGCUCCUCCUAACCAUCUUCUGCCAUUGACGAGGAUGAUCGGUAAAGUUCAUUUUACAAUUCUAUUCAAAAGCUCUGUUCUGUAAAUGGGGAAGUUGGUAACUUUUUCUUUAGUGGCUCUUGCGUGUAUGUAUGGCUAGCAAUUCCAGUUACAAUUUUAUACGCAAUAGCUUAGAUUUAUGUAACUAAUUAUAACUCAUUCUUAUAAAGUUCAAUUUGUUGCCCAUUGGUUCAAGGAAACGCCAAUGCAAGUAAA